AUGGAGGCAGCAGUAGCGCGCUUACGGGAGCUGUUUCCGAAGGUGGACUUCAGACUGCUGAAGGCGGCGAUUCGCGAGCACGGCACGUCACCGGAAGGCAUAGAUGAGGCCAUUCAGUACCUGAUGGACGAAGCGCUUUCGGAUUCCUCGUCUUCCGACGGAGAAAUUUCGGACAAGGAGGACGAUGUCGAGGAUACCAAUACGGCCUCUGCCGGGUUCGCACCGUUAGGGAGUGCUGAUGGACUCGAUUUUCCGUCCCCCAUGGACGAGAAGUCCUUUGACGAGACCGCCAAUAACGAGGAUCCAUCUGGCGAAGUCGUUAACGAGGAGUCCUUUUUCGAAGCUGAGGAGAAUCUCCCCGCGUCAAGAGCUCCUCUGCAAGAUUCAGCGGCUUCCAGGGACGAGACUACCCUGCUCAGCUUAUCAGAAACACCGGUGAUGCCAGUUCCGCCAGCCUCUUCAUACUUGUACAGCGAAAAUAGUGUUGAUGAGGCGGGAGAGAAACACGAUGAGCAGGACCUUCCCGCCCUCGUCGCUACUGCCCAAGGUCCAGACACCAUCAGCACCAUCGGCGCCACCGGCGCCACUGACACCACUGACACCAUCGGCAUCACUAGCACCGUCGAUACCACUAGCACCGUCGAUACCACCAGCACCAUCGAUACCACCAGCACCGUCGAUACCACCAGCACCGUCGAUACCACCAGCACCGUCGAUAUCACCAGCACCGUCGGCGCCACUGGCGAAAGAUCAGCAGACUCGUUAGAAGCACCUCUGACGGCUCCUUCCAAUAACGAGGAAUCUGGAGAAUCUAAGACGGGAAGUGCACCGCCGUUGGAUGCGUUGCUGGAAGAAUCUGUGGACGGCGCAGAUCUGGUUAAUGAGAGAGUGAAAGAAGACGCUGUUAACGGGGACAAGGCUGACGGUGGCCAAGUCGAGGGUGAUUCUAUUGAUGGUUCCGAUGCUGAUGUCAGCGAGUCUGGAGUCGUUGUGAUUAAGCCGGGGGCGAAAUUGUUUGCGGAUGCUGCUGAUGCGGCUGGCGGUUCUGGUGCCACUGAUGGGAUUGAAGAGGAAGCGGAGAAAGCGGAAGAGGAGAAGGCGGUCGUUGUGAAUGAACCCGAGGGUGAAACCGAGAGUGAAACCGAGAGUGAAACCGAGAGUGAACCCCAACAGGCGGACGGAGAGAGCAAGGGCGGUGCUGGGGUGGGUCGAGAAGUGACUCAGGGCGAGGCCGAGCAGGCCGAGACGCACGAGGUCGCACAGAGGGACGAGGCUGUAGCGGUGCUGGAGGGGAGCAAGGGCGAGAAGGAGGAGCAGCAAAAAGAGGAGGAAGAGUGCGAGCAUGUGGAGGUGCCAGAGAGCCUAGUGAACAGCUGGAGCCGGUCCUUCGUGGAGGUCGAAGUGAGCGCCAUCGCCCACCACGUGGCCUCCACCCGAGACGCCAAAUCCCGCCUGGACGCCCAGCUAGCAUCCGUUCAGACCCUCCUUGCAGAGGUGGAGCGCGCCGAGCAGCAGGCAGGUGCAGCUGAAACUGCUUUGGCCCAUGCUGGCGAGGCUGAUGUUGCCGAAGCUGAGAACGUGCUUCGGCAUGUGGUGCGGUCGCAGCAGGCUCUGGAGAUCCGCGCGGCGCAGGUGUUUGGGCACCGCGCGCAGCUUCAGGAGGAUUCCCAAGGGCUUAAAGCCCGGGUCGAAGCGAUUCAGGGUCAAUUCGCGGAGGUGGAGAGGCAGGUGGAGGAGUUGAGAGUGGUGCUGGAGGGGUUAGAGAGGCAGGAGCAGGCGUGUGCUGAGCUGGCAGACGCACUGGUGGCACGUCACCACGAGGCUGACGUGUUGGAGGGACAGCUGGCGGUUCUGCGAGAGGAUCUGGCGGCGCUGGUGCGGGGCGUGGGGCGGCUGCCUGGGCUGCUGGGACAGGCAGCGGAGGAUCUGGGGUACUCGUUCCUGAGUGAAGGUGGAAAGGAAGACGGUGAAGGCCGGAUGCAAGAAUCUUAUCAUUCCUUGCACGAGGAUCCGGCACGCGCUUCGUCAGCAGAAUCGGCCCCUGAUGCCAUUCCGCCUGCCAUACCAGCCGCUCACAUUGCUGGUCACACAGCUGAAGACGAGAACAACCCUUUUCCAGGAGCCUUGGGCGACACCACUGCUGCUGCACCGGCUGCUGCUGUCGAGACGACAUUCACCCUCCCCACGGCCUCUCUCUUUGAAGACGAGGAGCAGUUUGAGGCCAAGAUGCGAGAAAUGUCUAGCAUGCUCAAGGAAACGCUCCCUAUUGCCCGCUCCCGCUUCCAGCAGCAGCAGCAGCAGCAGCAGCUCCAGCUUCAGUCAGGACAGCAGCAGGUAGGUGUGGGAAGCGGGUUGGCUGAUAGCAACACUGGAGUGGAAGGCGUGACGAUGAUUGAAGAUGGUGAUUGGAGCGUGCUAGAGGCAUCAGACCUGCUCACAGCGUCAGUCCUGGGUGGGGCUUCAGGAUAUAGUGCGGCUGUUGAUGGGGCUGGUGGGGUGUUGGAAGGGGGUGAUGAUGAGGCGCGGUGGUCGGGGCACAGCUCGUUCAGUGUGCAUGCCGGCAGCACUCCUCGGGGCAGGGAGGGCGGGGUUGUGAGAGGUGAGAGCGGCGAGAUCAGUGAGGUGAUGGAGCGAUACUUUGGCAGCAGCGAGUAG